AUGCAAAACAACUUGAUCGCCUGUACAAUCAUCGUCUUCCUGUGCAUCAUCUCCUCCAUCGUAAUAGGCGCUAUCAGCGUCCUCGCUCGCAUGGUGCCUGCAGCUAUGGUCAAUGCCUUCCUCUACCUUACUGCCUGCAAGUUCCACCUCCUCCUUUCUCCUCAACUGCCCAUCAUUCAGGCGGUUUUAACAGCUUCACCACCAAUGAGACCGAAAGCAACUCGAAGGAGCAAGUUGGCUAAGAUGCGAUCCCCAGUUUGCUUAACUACUCUUAACAUUUGGGUUAAAUUCUCUGUGCGUUGGUACAAUUCUGUAGAAUGCGUGUUCAUCAUAUUCGCCAACUGCAUUGAGCACAUCAAAGUGAACCACAUCCAGUCGAAAUGGGGGCCCUGCUAUCCCAUCGUCAGUCUUCCGCCUGAUCUCUACGAUCCCACUCUGAUUCGUGUGCAGUACGGUUGGUCGGUGUACGUGAACUGGAUCGUGGUUGGAGUCUUUUUGGCUUCCGCUUCUGUCUGGUUUGUGCUAAAGCAAUUCCUCUACGUGGAGACCGCUAAAGCCAUGAUCUGA